UAUCCAAUAUAAUCUAUAAAAUGAUAUGGAAAUACCUAUCAUUGAUCUCUUACAGAUUCCUCCAGAAUGGCUUGUUUUGUCACUUUCAUCACCCUUUACUCCUUCCUGAUCUUCUCAGCCUCCCUGAACACCAUCAGUGGAGCUUUCGUUGAGGAAUUCUCAGAAGCCAUGGCAAUAAAGCGAGAAGAAAAGACGACCCACCUCCACUUCUUCUUCCAUGACACCAUUAGCGGCAACCACCCAAGUGCUGUGAGAAUUGCAGGGCCAACGGAAAGCACAUUUGUCAAUUUCGGGAACACGAUGAUGAUUGAUGAUGCGCUAACAGAAGGGCCCGAGCCCACAUCAAAGCUCGUUGGAAGAGCUCAAGGCUUCUAUUCCAUGGCUGCUCAGGAUGAUCUUGCUUUGCUUAUGGUUAUGAAUUUUGCUUUCGUGGAAGAUAAGUAUAAUGGGAGUAGCAUCAGCAUGCUUGGAAGAAAUCCGGUGCUUAAUGACGUUAGAGAAAUGCCGAUUGUUGGAGGUAGCGGGCUUUUCAGAAAUUCUCGCGGCUAUGCAUUGGCGCAUACAAAUUGGAUGGAUCCAAACACGGGAGAUGCCAUUGUUGAAUACGAUGUUUAUGUCUCCAAUUUCCAGGUUGAUGCUGGGUUAGCGACAGCAUAGGAAUAUUUGUCAUGGCAACGUUUCUUUAUUUUUUUUCUUUUUCUUUGGUCUGAGUAAUUGAUCAUCCACUGCUAAUUGUGUAUAGUUUAUAUAUAUGACAUUGUUAUUUGAUUA